CCCAUCUUAAGUCACUUGACGACAAGAUCGAGGAAAUCAUGAGUACCAACGACGCCGACCGCCAAAUCAAGCAAAUGGUGAACUUCAUCCUGCAAGAAGCGCAGGAGAAGGCCAACGAGAUCCGCAUCAAGACCGAACACGAUUUCAACUUGGAGAAGCAAAUGUUGGUGCACAAUGCCAAGCUCAAGAUCCAAGAGGAAUACGCCCGCAAGGAAAAGGAGCGUGAAAUCAACAAGCGCAUCGCGCGUUCGGCGGAAAUUGGCGCGUCCCGCCGCAAGAAGAUGAUUGCCCGUGAAGAACUGCUGCAAUCUUUGAUCACGGAAGGCAAGGCGCGAUGCGCCGAAGCAACCAAGAACGAAGCGUCGUACCGCACGUUGCUCCGUGACUUGGCUGUCCAGGGAUUGAUCAAGUUGCAUGAAACUGAGAUCAUGAUUGUCGUGCGCAACAAGGACGUGAAGUUGGUGGAAUCGUUGCUGCCGGAGAUCUUGUCCAACUACGCGGCGAUCCUCAAGCAAGAGACGGGUUUGGACGUGAGCAAGACCCACUUGACCGUGUGCAAGGAAGAGCGACAGCAGCUCCCCGCGACUGCCGCCGGAGGCCUCAAGCUCGUGGCGCGUCAAGGCAAGAUCGUAUGCGACAACACGUUAGACACGCGCUUGUUGCAAGUCAACUACGACCAGAAGCCCACGAUCCGCCACAUUUUGUUCCCUGAAAUUAAAAAGUAGAUUCGCGGAGAACUCCCCCAUCAUCAUCGGCUGCAUCCUGCGUUGUGUCCAAUAUAACAUGACGCUGGAUGGUGGACGGACUUCUUCCAUAGUGUUGUUGUAAACGAUCCCAAAAUCUAUCGAUACCUAGAAACAGCCACACCCCUAGUACACCAUGUCGUUUGAGCCACAAUUUAGUGCUGA